CUCGGUUGCUCGACGCUCGUAGUCUGUUCUGUUCUGUUAUGUCGGGACGGGAAAUCUUUUAGUUUAGAAGUGUCAAAUAGUGUUUAAUGUUGGACUUCAAUAAUAUUUGUCAAUUUCUCUAGUGGAUCUCUUGACGUAGGACUGAUUGCUAAUUAUUUAUAAAUUAUUUUUGGAGUUGGUGUUUUCCUGUCUGUGAUUGAGAUUCAUUCAAUUUCAUUUCACGGCAGCAAUCGUUCCAAUCUAAACCUAAAUCCUGUCAACCAACGCAUCGCUGGAGAGGAACUUAUUAGGCCUAGCGUUCAUCAAAAGUAUUUUGUCUGAUUUGUUGCUUUGAUUUUGAAUCAGCGUAUCAACGUCAGCUAUGGACUACAACGGGACAGGGGGCUCCUCUGGCGCCAACGCGAACGACACAAACAAGAGGAUUCAACAGUCCCAGGCCCAGGUGGAUGAGGUGGUCGGGAUCAUGAGAGUGAAUGUGGAAAAAGUCCUUGAGAGGGAUCAGAAACUGUCUGAACUUGACAACAGAGCUGAUAUUCUCCAACAAGGAGCCUCACAGUUUGAACAAGCGGCUGGGAGGUUAAAGCGAAAGAUGUGGUGGAAAAAUGUUAAGAUGAUGAUCAUAAUGGGAGUAAUUGGAGCAACUCUCUUGAUACUCAUUUUUGUUUGGAUAUACUCCAGCAUUGAAGGCGACGACUCCUCCAACAAGCCUUGAACAUUCCUGUCUGAACCAAGAUUCGCACAACUGUAAAAACUAUUUUGUCCUCAGUUACAAUUACUACCAGUAGUAUUAAUUUUCAAUUACAUAUCGUUAUUUCAAUUUUAAUUGGUCAAAUAAACAUAAAUAUUUAGGUGGUCGGCUUUAUUAAUGUUGAGGUAAAAACAAUAUUCAUGUCAAUUAUUGCAUGUGAUGAAAUCCAGUUCAGAAUCAAACCGAUUUUGCGAUGGUAAUACGUCAUGCCAGUUGUAUACUGUAUGAAUGUCUGUCUUUCAAUAUCACUCAGUGUUCUCUACUUACUGUGUAAUGUCGUUAAUUGUAAAUACUACUCUUGACAUGGUCAGUUAGAAUGUCUCUCUUUCAAAAAGUAUAUGUUAUUUUUUAUAUGUAGCUAUUUAUGGAUGAAAUAACCUAACACCAGAACAGUUUGCAUAUAACUAGUUCCUAUAAUACAAGCAUAAUAUUUGUUAACACAUAAGUAUUCCAUCCACUGCAAUGUAAAGUGAACACAUAACAUUACAGCUACAUGUUUCAGUUCUAAAAGUAUAUUGUUUUAAAUGUUAGUUGUUAUGUUAAUCUGCUUUGUUAAAUAUUAAAGUAUAUUUAUGUAUUCACUUUAUAGCUUAUAAUAAAAUAUUUUCAACAUA